CCAAACAAUGCGCACUAUGCGCAUGUGCACAUAAGAUGUCAACUCCCUUACAUUCGUCGGACCGCGUUCCUAGCGGCAGCAGGCAGCGCAGCUGCGGCGUCUGGGACGACAUCGCCAGACGCAGAGACAGGCCGAUUGGCGCCUGGGCUUUACGGCCUCCCUGGACUGCAUUCCCCCGAUGAUCUCAUUUCCCUCGCUGCCCGCAUCGUGGCGCACUGUCAGGAGCUGCAGCUGUGCAUGGACCUGCUGGCAGAGGCACAGGCACAGGCAGACGGCUGCGGCGCACUCCCGUAUGCAUCAUCACUAUUAUCGUCGUCGCCAUCAUCAUCGCCGUCGGCCGCUGCCGCCGCCGCCGCGGCGGCGACGGCCCAGACAGCGGCGGUGGACGACGUGGCUGCUGCUAGGACUGCAGCAGCGGAGGUUGCCCGGUUGGUCCGCCGUCACCACGAGGCGGUCAGCUGGCUGCGCCCUGCGGCGGAGCACUGCGCAGAGCACCACGCGGAGGGGCAGUGGCGGGAGGCGGCGGGGAGAGCGCUGCGGGCGAUGCAGGCGGUGGAGGAGCUCCUCGCAAUGAGGUUAGCGGCCCACAGCAGCGGCCCGGGGGGCCACCACCAGCACCACCAGCAGGCCGCAGUGGAAGCAGCCGAAUCAGCCAUUGCCCCACCGCCGCAUUGUCGUCGGGUCAUAGACGCGGAGAGGGGCGGCGGAGGGGAAAGGUCGAUCAGCACACGCGGCAGUGGUGGUGGUCCGGAGGAGGUUGUCGCCACCGGUGGCGAUGCCGCUGGAGCCCGAAGGGAUCAGCUGGAGGGGCGCGUUGGAGGCAGCAUGGAAGCGGUAGCGGCGACGGCGGCAGGUGGCGGCGGAGGCGGCGGCGGUCAGCUGAGGUUGGUUUCGGAGGCAGUGUCGCGCGCGGCGGCGUUGUCGGAGCAGGACCGACAGGAGCGAGCCGCACUGGAGCGACUGGAGACGCGGCUGAUAGCGGCGUUCCGGGCAGCGCUAUCUGACCCACGGGUCACGCCCGUUCCACUGGUGGUCUUGCACGACAGCGAGGUGCGCGGCGACCCGCUGUUGGCGCGCCACGUGACGCCGGCGACGGAAGCGGAGGUGGCGGCGGCGCGGGCUGGCGAGAGCGUAACGUUGCCGCUGGUACUUCCACCUGAUGGGUACGAUGGCGGCGGCGGCGGCGGCGGUGACGGCGGCGGCAGCAUCAGCAACGGCGGCGGCAGCGGCGGCGGGGAGGGCAGCACGGAGACAUCCGCUGCGACUGCGGGGUAUGGAGAGCAAGUGGCGAAGAUAGAACUGGGCCCGGUGGCGGCCAUGACACGGCGUGCACGUCGACGAGGCGGGCGGUUGUGGGCCCUCAGGCUGACGGGGGCGCUGACGGGGCUGCUGCUGGCCGAGCACCCCAGCAGCCAGGUGCGGCGAGCUGUGCACGCAGUGACCCACGGGUCACAGGCCUCCGCCGCGUUGCGCUUCCUGGACCUGAUGCGGCCGUUACGGGACCGCCUGGCGGAUUGCCUGCAACAGCCGUCGUACGCCCAUUUGAAAAUGGCGGGGGACUCCGUGGCAGGUGACCCGCGGGUCGCUCUGAUGCUGCUGUACGACAUCCUGUCCGCCGUACGGCCCCUGGCUGAGGAGGAGGUGGCUGCCUUGCAGCGGCUACAAAUGCAGAUGUUGGUGGAGGUGGAGGGGGGGGAAGCGGAGGAGGAGCUGGUGGCUGCGGGUGGUGGUGGUGGUGGUAGUGGCGGCUGUUCUGGAGUGGAGCAAGGUGGCGAUGGGGAGGGAGACGUGUACGACAGUGACCCCCUCCAUUUGCGGGGCAGUGUUGACUUCCUCGUGGCCGUACGGCGAAACCCCCCUUUGAGCGCCCGGGAAUGGCGGGAGCUGGCGCCGUACUUCAGCAUCGAGGGGCUGUUGCAGGGUCUGAGCCGUCAGCUGUCCCACGUGUUCGGGUUGGGGUUACGUGUUUCCCCCCCCGUCCCCCCCAACCGGGGGGAGUGCCAACCCGGGGAGUUCUGGCGGCAUCCGGACAGCAUCGUUCGAUUGGAGCUGCGGGAAGCGUCUGGCAGCAGCAGUGGCAGUAGCAGUGGCAGUGGCAGUAGCAGCAACAUGACCGGCAGCGGAAGGACCGACGGGCCGGUGCCGGGGGAACUCCUGGGGGUGUUGUACGUGUAUUUGGAUCCGGAUUGCGAUCUGCCGUACACUGUCCUUAUCAGUGGGGGCAUCUGCAGCUGGUGCACUGCUACUCUCGCACCGCAUGGGGGUCCUUUCCUUACCCCGAGGGAAUGGAAGGGCUCAAGGCCCCAAACCCUCAAUACCCCCCACGCGCCACCCUGGCAGGCACGGGUUCGUGGGGUGACCCACGGGUCAGGGGCAGGGGCAGGCGGCUAUCUGGUUCCGGAGCACCCCGGACUCAUCCGCACGCUGGUGCAUGAGCUGGGACACGCGCUGCACUACAUGAUGUCGUACAGCCCUGGCGCACUGCCCGACAGUAACGCCUGCUACAGCUCCACUGACUACUUGGAGCUGGUGUCGCACAUAUUAGAGCGCUGGUUCGCGGACCCGUGGGUCCUUUCCCAGCUGUCAUGCCACGUCGUGAGCGGUGCGAGGCUGCCGCCCCGCCUCUGCGCCGCCGUAGCCGCCACCCCCUCCCGUCACACCACUUGGCUGGAGCUGCAACAACACUGCCUAGCUGCAGCAGCUGACCUGCUCAUGAACCUCAACGGCCACUUGGACGUGCAACGACUUCGGUUAGUACCGCAACCGCCGGACCCACAACCACCACAAACAACAGCUGCACCACAACCACCACCCGCGGUGAUACCAAACCCAUCCACCCGGCAAGGAACUGCACCAUCGGCACAGCCGCCGCCUCCGCCUCCGAGGCUAAUAGAGCUCCAAUCCACGCCCACCCUGGAGCUGGUUUCGGCGCUGUGGGCCGAGCACUCGGCGCUCCCUGGCGGCGUCUUCCAGCCCACCCGGGGCCUUAUGACGGUGCUGCCGGGCUUCCUGCACAAUGCGGCCGUCAUGUAUGCUUACCCCGCGGCGCAGCUCGUGGCAGUGGCCGUGUGGGAGCGCCAUUUCGCUGCGGGAUCGACGGCGGCGGCGGCGGCGGCGGCAUCAGGCGAAGGCCCCCUGGAGUCGGCCGCGGCGGCGCGGUGCGGCAGGCUCAUACGGCGGUGUCUGCUGGAGCAGGGCAACCCAGCCGCCGCGGCGGCGGCGCUGGAGGCGCUGCUGGGACCGGGAAGUGUACGGCGUGUACGGCUAGCGCGAGAUGACGAGCACCGCAAUGAUGAGAGCUCUUGUGGGGUCGGUGUUGAGGCCCCGGGGGAAUUUGGCGACUUGUAUUGUCGGGUGGGUGUUAUUCCCGACUUGGCUCACGCGGCCUUUCAGGACGUAGACCCGCUGGUAUUUUAA